AUGCCAACACUCGAUGUUCCCAGUGUGGCUCAACUCGUGACCUUCAGCGUGCUGUGUCUCUAUCACAUGCGGCGUUGGAGUAAUAUCAUCGUGCUGUGUCGCGGCUUCAACGAUGCCACGUGCUCGGUCUAUGCCACCACUUUCCUGCCAUUGAUGAUUGGCGCCAGCUGCCUAGCCGUGCCACAGGGGGAAUUUCUGGGGGUUGGUUGGACAGGUGCUAAGUUAAAGUUGUGGUUUAACCAUGUUUAA